AUGAAGUCCGUUAAGUCCAUCACUCAUGGUCUACAACUUGCAGGUAGCGCGCGGUGGCCACAACUAGCGGCCAUUCCUUCAGUUGGCUACAGUCCCAUGCCCAACGCCACCUCCAUCACAGCAUCGCCGAGAAGAGGCCUACACAGCAGGGCAAUUGCACGUCCUCGCACUCAUAACCGGGAUGCCAUUUUUGCAACCCACCAAGCACCACCUGGGUAUCAAGCGCAAUACACCACGGGCGCUGCCACCAAAGUACCAACGAUUCACAACAUCUUCGAAAAUGUGACCGGAACAUGGCAGUACAUCGUCGCAGACCUAUUAACAUCAACCGCAGUAAUCAUAGAUCCUGUUCUGGACUAUGACCCCACCACACAAUCCAUCACCACCCAAUCUGCGGAUAAACUACUAUCUUUCGUCCAAGAAAAAGGCUAUAAGAUCGAGAGAAUCCUCGAAACACACGCCCACGCCGACCACCUGACAUCAUCUUCCUACCUCCAAAGCCGACUUGCCCAAAUACAGGGCCAUAAGCCACCUAUUGGCAUCGGCAAACGCAUCGAGCAAGUCCAAACCCUUUUCGGUAAACGGUACGGGCUUACAAAAGACGAAUACAACCACGUGUUUGAUAAAUUAUUUGACGACGACGAAACUUUCUCCAUCGGCAAUCUAACAGCGAAAGCAAUCCACUUACCGGGCCAUACACCCGACCACCUAGGCUACCAAAUCGGAGACAAUGUAUUCUGCGGUGACUCCCUCUUUCACGCAGACAUCGGCACAGCUCGCUGUGACUUCCCAGGCGGCGACGCAACAGAUCUCUUCCAAUCAGGCCGUAAACUUCUAGAAUUACCCGAUGAGGUCAAGAUCUGGCCCGGCCACGACUACCCGCCUGACGGACGAGAACCUAUCCCAUGGAUGAGUGUUCGCGAUCAGAAGAAAUUGAAUAAGCAUCUUGGGGACAAGGUCUCGAAAAAAGAGUUUGUGGGUAUGCGGAAUGAGCGUGAUAAGACGCUCAAUGCGCCUAGGUUGCUGCAUCAGUCACUGCAGGUUAACAUUCGGGCUGGGAGGUUGCCGAAGGUUGAAGAGGGGUUCAGGAUGCUCCGAUUGCCUUUGAAGGUUGCGGUCGAAUGGUAG